AUGACUUCCGUUGGUUGUGCUGUAAGAAAUGCAUCCCAUGCUGGAUCCUGGUAUACAGAUGAUCCAAGAAAACUCCAUCGUGAACUAACAGAAUGGCUCAGUGCUGCCGGUUCACGUCAUCCUCAGUCAGCUCGUGCUAUUAUUUCACCGCAUGCUGGUUAUUCAUAUAGCGGCAGGGUUGCAGCUUUUGCCUUCAAGCAAAUUAUUCCCGAAACUGUUAGUAUUAUAUUCGUAUUGGGACCAUCACACGUAAUGUCGUUGGAUACUUGUGCAUUAUCAACCUGUUCGCGUUAUCGUACACCUAUAGGUGACCUUCAGAUCGAUCAACGAACAAAUAUGGAGCUGAAAGAAACCGGAGCUUUUUCAUUAAUGGAUUUGCGUAGUGAAGAAGCGGAACAUAGCAUUGAAAUGCAAUUGCCUUACAUAGCAAAAAUUAUGGAAAAGAAGUCGAUGAAUAGUUAUAGCAUUGUACCAGUAUUGGUAGGAUCACUUUCACCUUCAAAGCAAGCCAGUUAUGGUAAAAUAUUUAGCAAGUAUCUGUCAGAUCCGAAGAUAGUUUUUGUCGUCAGUUCCGACUUCUGUCAUUGGGGAAAUCGAUUCCAUUUCAUGCCAUACGACAAUAGCACCGGUGUACCAAUAUAUGAACAAAUUGCUGCUAUGGACAAACAGGGAAUGGACGCAAUUUCUAGUCUUAAUCCAGCCGUGUUUGGCGAGUAUUUGAAAAGGACACAAAAUACAAUCUGUGGCAGAAAUCCAAUCAGCGUUAUACUUCAUGCAGCGGAAUAUUUCCGUCAAAUGAACAAUCAUUUCGCGGAAUUCAUAUUUCUUAAAUAUGCACAGUCUAAUCAGAGCCGUAACUUGAACGAUUCAUCCGUUUCAUAUGCAGCAGGUGCCCUUUUCAUUAAUCCGAAUGAGCGAAUGAAUUUCGAGCAAUGA